CGUCACUGCCUAGUAACGCGCGUCGGGGGGAGCGCAAAAGAUUUUUCCUCCUCCCUUAGUUACGAUGUUCGCUCGGAUCGUCGCGUCGCAUCGGGAGUUCGCUGCGGUCUGAGGUGUGAGGAGCGACGUGUGGUCCGUGGAGCUGACGGAGAACAGGUGGAGUCAACAUGGGCAAAAAACAGGAGCAGAGCCCGGAGUCAGAAUACGGAGAACAAGCUCAGUUUGACCCGGGCUUCAAUGGACCCAUUAAGAAAAGAGGGUGCACGGACAUCAUCUGCUGUGUCCUGUUCAUGGUCGUCCUCCUCGGCUACGUAGUGGUCGGGAUAUUAGCUUGGCUCUAUGGCGAUCCCAGGCACGUUCUUUAUCCCAGAAACUCCACAGGGUGGUUCUGUGGCAUCGGGCCAAAUAAAGACAAACCCAACGUGUUCUACUUUAACAUCCUCAGUUGUGCCACGUCUGUCAAUGUCAUGGCAGCUUCUCUUCAGGGUUUCCAGUGUCCGACCACACAGGUUUGUGUGGAGAAAUGUCCAUCUACCUUCUGGGCUCUGGAGAUAAAGUAUUAUCUUCCAGGUCAAACAGCAGCAAAGGCCUUUAAUGAGAGCGUCUGUGUGCCAUCUUUAGAUCUGGCAAAUACUGACCUGAGCGUUCAAGACAUCGUGGACAAGGAGCUGUGUCCGUACUUCUACAUGCCUACGACCUCUGUUCUGGGAAGAUGUUUGCCUGAUAUCACCAAACUGGCCGAUAUCCCAGCGGAAUUUUCGAAUAUUCCAGGUUUGCCCUCCUCAGUUAACGACACUAUCAACCUCAUCAAGAACGGCACUGGCUCAUGGGACAUUGUGAACGGCUUCAACGCCCGAGAAGUCGGUGUCCGGAUCUUUGAGGACUUUGCGUCCUCGUGGCCGUGGAUCCUCAUUGGUCUGCUCAUAGCCAUGGUGGUCAGUCUGCUGUUUCUGCUGCUGCUGAGAUUCACUGCUCCCGUUAUGGUGUGGGUGCUCAUCGUAGGAGUCCUGGCAGCUGGAGCUUAUGGGAUUUGGCACUGCUACUGGGAGUAUGAUAACUACAAGAAAAACUCCGCCACCAUCAGCGACAUCGGUUUCACCACCAACUUCAACGUUUACCUACAAGUCCAAGAAACCUGGCUGGCAUUCUUGAUAAUCCUAUCUGUGAUGGAGGCGAUCAUCCUCUUGACGCUCAUCUUCCUGCGAAACAGAAUCCGCAUAGCCAUCGCCCUCAUCCAGGAGUCCAGCAAGGCGAUCAGUCACAUGAUGUCCACUCUGCUGUACCCUCUGGUCACCUUUGUCCUCCUGAUGGUGUGUGUUACUUACUGGGGCUCCACUGCUUUAUAUUUGGCCACGUCAGGAAGUCCCAUCUACAGAGUGGUGGCUCUCAACUCCUCAAUGAGUGAAUGUAAGAGUGUAAAUGGCACAGAGGACUGUGACCCUCAGAACUUCACCUCGUCAGAUUACCCAGGCUGCCCCUCAGCCAGCUGCAUCUUCAUCAAAUACAACGACGAGGGUCUCUUGCAGAGGAACCUCUUCAAUCUGCAGAUCUACAACGCGGUGGCUUUCCUCUGGUGUGUGAACUUCGUCAUUGCCCUGGGGCAGUGCACGCUGGCUGGGGCCUUCGCCUCCUACUACUGGGCCUUCAGUAAACCAGACGAUAUCCCCAUGUUCCCUGUGUGCGGCGGCUUUAUUCGCUCCCUCAGGUACCAUGUUGGCUCUUUGGCAUUCGGAGCAUUGAUCCUGACCCUGGUGCAGGUAGUGAGGAUGCUUCUGGAAUAUAUUGACCACAAAACAAAAGGUGCCCAGAAUCCAUUCGCACGUUUCAUAUUGUGCUGCAUGAAGUGUUGCUUCUGGUGUCUGGAGAAGUGCAUCAAGUUCCUCAACAGGAACGCUUACAUCAUGAUCGCCAUUUAUGGGAAAAACUUCUGUGUUUCUGCCAAAAACGCUUUCAUGCUGCUCUUGAGGAACAUAAUAAGGGUCGUGGUGCUCGAUAAGGUGACGGACGUGCUGUUGUUCUUCGGGAAGCUCCUGGUGGUUGGAGGCGUGGGAGUUCUGUCUUUCUUUUUCUUCUCUGGACGGAUUCUGCUCCCGGGCGACACCUUCCGCUCUGAAACCCUCAACUACUACUGGAUGCCGAUUAUUACCGUGGUGUUCGGUAGCUACUUCAUCGCCCAUGGAUUCUUCAGUGUGUACAACAUGGCUGUUGACACACUCUUCCUCUGCUUCUUGGAGGACCUGGAGCGUCACGACGGAUCUCUACAGAAGCCGUACUUCAUGUCCAAAAACCUCAUGAAAAUCCUCAACAAAUCCAACAAGGAACCGAAGAGAGCUAAAGGAAAAGAGUGAAGAUGUUUUCCUCCUCUUCGCCCUCAAGAAACCACAUCAACACUGAGUCACAGAUCAGUUCAAGAUCUUUACAUUUGUAACUUUAGUUUUAACUCGUAGAUCUGAUCUCCUGAUUUUGCACUUUUUAAUUCAGCAUAUGAAUGUUUAAUUUUACAUUUUAUAUUUCUUAAGCAGUUCAUGAUUUGGUUCAUUAUUUUGAACAUAACUUGAUUCUGUUCAUAGUUCUGUGGAAAUGUUAGACCGAGUGGUGACGCAUCUGUUGAUCCAGUUCAACAGCUUUGAUUGUUCGUUUUAGUCUUUUACUGAGGACUCUUAACAUGUGAAAAGUUCAGAUAAAACUUUAUAGAAAUAUUGUUUCACGUUUAUAUAUUUUUAAGUAUUUGUAAUUUGUAAAAAGAGUUGUUGUAUAAGCACAAACGUUUUUGUUAACAUGUUCUAUUGUUAAUAUUAAAAUAUAUUGUAAUACAUUUGUAA